AUGCCAAAACAGUCAGAAAAGAGAAAGAAGAAAAAAGUCGAGACCGGUUUCUGGAUUCGCACAUACAAUACCUGUGGGAAGGAGAAGCCUGGUUCUUGCACGCACGUGUACUCAGCAACCUUUUUCCGUAGACGCAGUAUAUGUCUUGACAAGCGGUUCCAUGUCACUACGGGGAUACUCACCCUCCUCUCACACACCUUAGGUACACAUCCCGAACAUCUCAUCGGAGUUGGAGAGACAUGUAACUUCCGAACGAGGGGUGAUUCGGUUCUCGGUCGUCCGAACGCUUGGGGCAUUAUUUCUCUAACUACGACCCCUGAUUUGACUGGAUCUGCUACCUCACGUGGAUUCCCACGGGCCUUGAAGUUACAAUCCUUCAUAGGCUCCAGAAUACUCGUAGGUUCUCCACGGGAAGCAGCGUCCGUUGCAGAUGACGGCCGAACGGGUAUGACUGUGCCUUUAACACCCCGUCAUUGGAGUGCCGAGAUGGGCAGCCUUGAGUGGCGAGCAAGUUACCACAAGAAGGUCGUGGGUCCGAGCCGGCUUUCUCUCCCAAUUUUUGCCUUCACAUUUUUCAGAAUGGACUGGUGUUCCUCUCUAAUCAUAAUGUUUAAUGAACAUUGCGUCAAAACAUAUGACUCCUCGCCAAUCUCUCAUUGCACCGCCACGCCUGGAUCAGGAUCAUCCGACAAUCUGUUUCCUCCUGGUCACCUGGAAGGAUUCUACCCGUUCGUGCAAUGGUAUUUGGAAACAGAACAGAACAACUCACAAUGA